AAAAAGACACAAAAAUGGAGGAUUUCCAGAAAAUUGAAAAGAUUGGCGAGGGAACGUACGGAGUGGUGUACAAGGGCCGCAACAAAGUCACCGGCCAGAUUGUGGCCAUGAAGAAGAUCCGGCUCGAGUCGGACGACGAGGGGAUUCCGUCAACUGCCAUCAGAGAAAUUUCUCUGCUGAAGGAGCUGAAGCACCCAAACAUCGUGUCCCUCGAGGAUGUCCUGAUGGAGGAGAACCGGCUCUACUUGAUUUUUGAGUUUCUGUCGAUGGACCUCAAGAAGUACAUGGACACACUUCCGGCGGAGAAGCUGAUGGACCCGGACCUGGUCAAGAGCUACAUGUACCAGAUUACGGCCGCGAUGUUGUUCUGCCACAAGCGCCGAGUUCUCCACCGUGAUUUGAAGCCCCAGAAUCUCCUCAUCAACAAGGACGGCAUCAUCAAGGUGGCAGAUUUUGGCCUCGGCCGAUCGUUCAACAUCCCCGUCCGGAACUACACCCACGAAAUCGUCACCCUUUGGUACCGCGCGCCGGAAGUCCUGCUCGGAUCGCCUCGUUACGCCUGCCCGGUUGACAUCUGGUCCAUCGGAUGCAUCUUUUCCGAAAUGGCCACCCGGAAACCGCUCUUCCAGGGCGACUCGGAAAUCGAUCAGCUCUUCCGGAUGUUCCGCAUCCUGAAGACCCCCACCGAGGAAAUCUGGCCCGGCGUAACAUCACUCCCGGACUACAAACCGACCUUCCCCUGCUGGACCCAGAACAACCUAAAAGAUCAGCUCAAAAACAUGGACUCGGCCGGACUCGACCUGCUGCAAAAGUGUCUCAUCUACGACCCGGUGCAUCGGAUCUCCGCCAAGAAGAUCCUCGAGCACAAGUACUUUGACGGGUUCGAUCGGCGGGUCGUGCCAACGGAUUAGAAGAAUCUUGCUUUUCCGCUCCCUUUCAGCUGCGUUGCUGCGUUCGCUUUGGCUGUAAAUAUCAGGCGACUUUUUCCACCUUCCACCGUCUCCCCUUUUUUUAAAUAUCGUAUUCAAUUAAACCUAAGAUUUUCUCUAGACUAAGGUAUUCCAAACCAGAACCGUCAUUCCGGCAAAACGAUUCAGCGUCAAACUGUGCGUAUUUUUUGUCUCUAGGUUGUAAUCAGAAAAUAAAAUACACGUAUGACUCG